AUGGGGCGGGGCGCGGAUUCCGACUCGGACCCCGACGUCGAGGACGACGACUACUACGGCGCGUCCGCGAAGGCGUCGACGUCCGCGGCCGCGCGCCGCGCGCCGCUGACGUCCACCGCGGGGAACUCGCAAGCGCAGAAGGCGUCGAAAGCGAUCGCGCGCGAGCGACGCAACUACCACAUCCAUCGCCUCUACGUCCGCCAGGAGCACAAGGAGUGCCUCGCGGUGAUCGAGGAGGUGCUCGGCGAGUUCGGCGGCCUGUGCGAGUACCCGAUAUACGUCAGAGCCCUCAUCAAGCGCCACGAGGGGAAGAUCGCGGAGUCACUCACGCUGUUCCAAGCCGCGACCGCGCUGAACCCGCACAACGUCGCCAACCUGAAGCAAGUCGGUCGAUCGCUCUACCUCCUCGGGAGACACCGCGCUGCGAUCGACGUCUACGACGAGGCGCAAAACGCCGUCGGCGCGGACGACUGGGAGAUUUGGCACAACAAAGGGCUGUGCUACAUGUACCUGAAGCAGUUCGACGAGUCCGUGGAGUGCUUUAAAGGCGCGAACGACAUACAGCGGCACGACACGACGUACGCGCAGAUGGGCAAGGUGUACGCGUUGCAGGAGAAAUACAACGAAGCCGUCGACGUCUACCUCGAGGCGCUUGAAUUUUCUCCGGAGAACCCUGAGGUGUUGACCACGAUCGGUCUGCUGUACCUGCGCAUGGGCGAGAGCUUCCGCGCGUUCGAUUACCUCGGGAACUCGCUGACGCAUGACCCGCGGGACCCGAAGGCGAUCCUCGCGGCCGGGAGCAUCAUCCAAGACAACCAAGACGUGGACGUGGCGUUGAUCAAAUACCGCGUCGCGGCGACGCAGACGCCGAACAGCGCGCAGCUGUGGAAUAACAUCGGGAUGUGCUUCUUCGGAAAGCGGCGGUACAUCGCCGCGAUCGCGUGCUUGAAGCGCGCGCUGUACUUGGACCCGUUCGAGUGGAUCAUCGCGUAUAACUUGGGGCUCGUGCAUCUGAACACCGGGCAGGCGGCGAGCGCGUUUCACUUUUUCUCUUCGUCGAUCAACCUCAAGCCGGAUUUUCCGUCGGCGUACAUGUAUCUCGCGGUGACGCUCGCGAAGCUGGACGACCACGACAACGCGUGCGCGGCGUACGAGAAAGCGAUCGAGAUGGACCCGGGGGACCACCUGUUCCACUUGAACUACGCGCUGACGUUGUACGUCGCGGGGGAGAAGGAGCGGUGCGUCGAGCGGUUGGAAGUUUUCGAGGGGUUGUGGAAGGGGCUCGACGACGAGACCAAAAACGUCGACGACGAGGUUCCGAAGAUGCGGGGUUUAGUGCGGAAAGCGCUCGGGAUGUCCGACGUCUUCGGCGGCGGCGAGCGGUCCGCGGUGUUGUGAGAUAGUAGUCUAUUAGUUUUGCGUGCGGGGGCGGCUGAGUAUUGCUCCUGGACGCGAGGUGUGGUUACCAAGGUUGGGUCCUGAGCGAAACCAAUCGAUCGAUU